AGAGCUGCAGCUACACAAAAGCGUAACUCUCGGAUCUCGUAAAUUUAUAAGAAAUUUAAUUAUCCAACCCGCCCGCGGUCGGCAGCAAUCGAAUCAAAUUGGCCCGGGGUGUGCGACAAACACUUGUGGGUCACUGCAAAUUGCUAGCCAUCUAGCUAGCCGAAGAACUGGCCGCAGUCAGCGCGAAAAGCUUCCGCUCCCCGCGCGCAGUGUGUGUAGUAAAACUAAAUCGUACGCCGUAAAUCGUAAAUCGUGAAUCGCUGUGGUUGUGGUCGAGUGCGUGUGGUGGUGCUGCUGUUCUGCAUAUACCUCAGGGUGGUGCGCGCGGUCAUCGGCGGUGCACUGCAUCCGCGCUCCUAUGUGGCGGCAUUUUGAUGACGAAAUUAUUUUUGGAUAAGUGUUUGAUGAGCGUGGCCAAACCGGAGGAGUCAUCACCAUCAGCGGCAGCGGCGGCGGCGGCGGCAGAAGAAUGGAGAGCGAGCGGUUGCGAAUCACGCUGGACAGCGCGGAUCGGGUUUACUUUGCGGGCGACAUAAUUCGCGGAGAGAUCUGGAUGAACGUGAGCAAGCGCACCAAAAUACGCGCGAUCAAGGUGCAGGUCACCGGCAAGGGCAAGUGCAAGUGGAUGGAGAUCCUGCGCAAGAACUCGAACAACAACGAGUACUCCCGCAGCCUGUUCUACACCAGCAAGGAGGUGUACGAGCACAGCGAAACUCCCCUCCCAGACUUCGAGCCACGUGGCCUGGAGCUCUCGCCCGGGGAGCAUACGUUCAUCUUCGAGGUGGCGCUGGGUCGCCAACUCCCCUCGAGCUUUAAGGGCAGCUAUGGCGGCAUCAAGUACAAGAUGCGCGUGCUCAUCCAGCGGCCGUGGACCUUCGAUGAGCGGCACACGAUUCCGUUCACCGUGGUGAAGAACAUGCCGCUGCAGCCCUCGCAACGCAGUAUUCCCAGUUCGCUGGAGAAGCAGGUGACCAAGACGAUCAGCUUGUUUGGCACACGGCCCAUCACCUUGCUGGCCCUUUUGCCGGAGGACUUUGCGGUGCGCGGCGAGCCGCUGAGGAUUUGCGCCACUGUGAUCAACAACAGCACCACCGCCGUGGAGAAGCUGCGCUUCAGUGUCCUCCAGUAUGUGACCUACUACAGCCAUGUGCCGCUGCGGGUGCAGAAGGUGGAGUGCAUUGCGGUGGCCACCAAGGAGACGGGCUCGGUGCAAAAGAAGACCGAGCGCAGCUUUGCCCACGAGCUGCUGCUGCCCGAAGGCGCCCAGCCCACGGAUGAGCAGAUGAGCGGCGUUAUUACCAUCGUUUACGAGCUGCGCGUAGAGGCAGUGCUGCGGGGAUUCUUCAAGAACCUGAUCCUGAAUCUUCCCUUCAAGGUGUACUCGCAGGAUACGUCGAACAGGCUGAAUUCGAUGCGUCCGCCGCCUCCACCACGGCCCAACGACGGGCCACCCGGUCCGGAUGCGGGCUCCGGCAAUCCCUUUGAGCCCGCCCUGCCGGUCUAUCCCUCGCUGGACUCCUCCAUCGGCUCGCCCUCGCACUCCUCGCAGUUCAGCGAGUGCAGCUCCAUCAACUCGAUAACCUCGGACUCGUCGGCGGCCACUCUGAGUCCCGCCGUGGGCGGAGGAGCCGGCGGCAUGGAGCUUUCCUACACCUCGGGCUCGCAGUCCUCGCAGUAUGGAAGUCCCUCGGCCAGGACCAGUCUGCGCAGCUCCAAUGUGCCCUACAUGCCGUACCCGUCCAGUCCCCUGAUGGUGCAGUCGUAUCCGCCACCACACGUGCCCGCCUACCCGAUGCCGGAGUCACCGCAGUACUCGCUCCUUGCCCUGACACCACCGCCGACUGGAGCCGCUCCUGCGACAGCCAAUGGAGCAGUAGGAGGUGGAGGUGGCGGAGGAGCAGCACCGGGCUACAGCCAACUGCCAUCCACCUCGACCUCAGCCUCGUUUCUUCAGCCUCGCCAGGCUCCUGGAGCCCAUGAGUUGCCACCUUCCUACGAAGAGCUCUUUGGCUUGGCCAACGCCCCUCCUGGAACUCCAAAGUAGGGAGCGAUCGACAGUCUCGAGCAGCCACCCAGUUACGUCCAAGCUUUGCCUAGACAUAGAGCUUCAGGUUUACUUUAUAGUGUUAUAGAGUAUCAAAAUAUCGAAUAUAUCUUAGAACGGCUACGCUUCGAGCACAAACCAUUUGCAAUUUGUGCACAAAUCAAGCGCACUGUGUAACUACCAAGAAUUCAUUUGAUUCGGCUUUAAUCUUCCAUCCAAAAGUUAUCUUUUUGAUGUAAAUUAUUAUUUAUUUGCACUGAGUUUAAGUUGUUUUGGAUAAGGCAAAUAGUUUCUUAAACUUGUCAAAGUAAGAUAUUGAAAAUCUUGUACAACUGAUUUUCUUCAAGUAUAAUCGAAAACAAGAGGUUACAUAAAUAAUUGUUUUACACAUGUGCUUAUUUUUUCUUGUUUCAUUUGCGCAUAUUUUAGUGACUUAUUUACACAUUGCUAAAUGUUGUUUUUCAAUAAUGUUUCACAAUCAGCUGUUUGCGUACUACUUAUAAUAAUGUUUAUGAUCUUGACAAUAAACAGGACAACUUAUUUGCCUUCUCCACUUAAA